AUGAACGGAUUUGCUGCAGUGUUCAUUUUGCUGGGAGUCUUUUGGACUCAGACUUCUGCAUUGGAUACCUAUCUCCUGCAUAACCCUGUCAAUGGCUAUGUCACUGGAACUAUGACUAUCCACAAUGAGGAAAACAUUGUUGAAGUCCAUGUCCGUUCUGGCAGGUACUCCUCUGAUACCAUUUUCGACUACUCACGUGGCUAUGUUGCAACAAGGUUAUUUUCAAGAAACGCCUGCUUUAUCAUGAAAAUAAGUCAGGAAUCCAUCCCAGACCUGCAAGAAAUCGGACGCCUGGCUUUUGAAAAAGAGACUAUGAAGAAAAUAUACUCUCCAAAUAAUGUGUGGGUACAGUUUCAAUCUGGCCAUUCCAUCUUUGGGCAUCUCAAAGACUGGCUUAUCUACGGUAAAGCCAUUGAACAACUCUGUGCAGAUCUGCCUCUCUACCGCCUUGAGAAGACUGAAACAGAAAUAGAUGGCUGUGCCGAUGCAGGAAUUCCAGGCAUUUUGGGCAUGAAAAUCUGUGAGAAAACCUAUUAG